AUGCCAACAAACUACAAUGAAAUAAGAAAGUUGUUUAAUUACUACAUUAGAGAAUAUUAUUAUCAGAAGUCAAAAGGAACAUAUUUUGUUCAUAUUAAGAAACCAGGAAUAUUGUUUACUUCCUUAAAAUUUUACAAAAAAAAAAAAGCUCUUUUUCCUAAUAUAUAUGACUGGUAUUUUGAAAAUUUAAGUGUUUUUAAAAAAAAUAAAGAUAUAUUACAUUAUGAAAAUAAUUAUAAUAUAAAAAAUAUAUAUUCAUAUAAAAUAAAUAAUGGAAAAGGGAAAAGAGAAAAAAAUGAUGUUGAAACUGGUAGUAUAUAUAUAAAUAAUUCUGAACAAUGUUUAGAAAACAUUUACAAAACAAGUAAUUUAUAUUAUAACAUGAAUCCCGUGUAUUUAUCUAAAAUAUGCUUAUACGAUUUAAAUGAUUUUCAUAUUUUAUUUUCAAAUAAUUAUUAUGAUGCAUUCAUGCAGUUCUAUUAUAGCAUUAUAUCCUACAAAAUUGAUUUAAACGAUAUUAAAAUUUUCCCUAAUUUAAAAAUAUUAAUUAGUCAUAUUAAAAAUGUGAGCAAUAUAAUAAAUGAUGAAGUAAUCAAAAAUACUUAUAUAUAUUUAAUUAAACAAAAAAAAAUGUUCAAUGAAGAAUAUAUUAGAAGUAUUUUUAACAGUAUAUAUUCCGUUAUGUUGCAUAAUUGUCCUCUAUAUUUAUUCGUGGAUAAUUCUGAACAGUUCAGAAUAAUUCUUAAUUUUAUAAAUAAGAAUGAAGUGAAAAACAUAUUUGAAAGCGCUCUACCAUAUCCAUAUUAUUUAAUAGUAGACGACAAUAUAAAUAUUUAUAAUCUACAAGAAUUUAAUAUUUAUUUAAAACAAAUUUUUAAUAAAAAUUUGAAAAGACCAUUUUAUAGUGCAGCAAAAGAAAACAUUUGCAGUACAUCUGAAGAUGCCGUAAAUCACAGCCCUCUUGGGAACAAUCGUAAUGUUCCUAAUAGCAACAGCAAUUCCACUACAACUUCAACAGACUCAACACACAUGACCACUUUCAUUGCUACUAGCGCGACCACCACUAUUGCUACUAACAUGGCCACUGUUACUACAACGAUCAAUACCACCCCUAAUAAUAACAGUGAUAGUAAAACGGGUAAAAACAUCCACUGUGUUGACACGCUUAGCUCGAAUAGAGAAAAACCUCAAGUAGUCCCAAAAAGGGGAAAUAAUAAAAUUUAUUUUUUCAAACUUAUAAAAAUUUUUGUUAUGAAGCCAAACUAUCGUUUCAUAGAAAAAAUAUAA